AAUUUCAUUUUCCCUCUCCAGCUCUUCCGUUCCGUCCAAAAACACAUUUCUAAGCCUGAAAAAUCAUGUCGUCCGACGGGAACGUCACCGGUGGGUGUGGUGGCGGUAACUUCGUCGGCGUAACCAAUAAGCUUUUCUUUUGCUACCAAUGCAACCGUACCGUGACAGUGACAAUAUCCCCGUCCUCUUCCGAUCCUUCUUGUCCCAUAUGCAACGAUGGUUUCCUCGAAGAAUACGAAAACCCAGACCCUAAUCAAAAUUCCGGCUUCCCCGACCAGAAUCCGAACUCAGUCCCGUUCUCUGACCAGUUCUUAUCGUUAACGGAUCCGUUCUCUUCCUUGCUUCCGCUCCUUUUUCCUGCCGUUUCUUCUUCUUCUUCUUCUUCAGCAUCAUCAUCAUCAUCGACAACAACUUCAUCGUCCUCUGCUUCUGUUGACCCCAAUAACCCUAAUUUAACUGGACCGACCCGGUCAGGUAGAGGCGACCCGUUAGCUUUCGAUCCGUUUACCUUCAUCCAAAAUCAUUUAAAUGAUCUGCGUUCGAGCGGCGCGCGCAUCGAGUUUGUGAUCCAGAACAAUCAGUCCGAGGCCGGAUUUCGGCUUCCGGCUAACAUAGGGGAUUAUUUCAUCGGACCGGGCCUUGAUCAAUUGAUCCAGCAGCUGGCCGAAAAUGAUCCGAAUCGGUAUGGUACCCCACCGGCAUCUAAAUCAGCUAUUGAAGCGCUACCUUCGGUGAAUAUAACGAAGAAUAAUUCAAAUUCGGAGCUUAAUCAGUGUGCGGUUUGCAUGGACGAAUUCGAGGAAGGGACAGAAGCGAAGCAGAUGCCCUGUAAGCAUCUUUAUCAUAAGGAUUGCAUAUUGCCGUGGCUGGAAUUGCAUAAUUCGUGCCCCGUGUGUCGUCACGAGUUGCCUACUGAUGAUCCUGAUUAUGGGGGGAGGGCUCAAGGGGUGCAGGGGACCGGUGGAGGUAAUGGCGGUGGUGAUAGUGGGCAGAGGUUCGAUGGCGAUAAUCAGCCUGUUGAGAGGAGCGUUAGGAUAUCGCUGCCUUGGCCAUUUCAAGCUGGGGGACCUGGACCUGGUCCAGGAUCUGGUGAUAAUACGGAGACCAGGCAAGAAGAUUUGGAUUGAGAAUUCUUAAAAUGGAACAAAAUACCCACAUUUGUUUCAUGUGACAUGGGGAUAAAACAUCCACUUUCAGAGUUUGGGUAUGAGAGUUGUGUGUAAACAUGGAGAUUGAGAUUAAUGUUUUGGUAUCGAGUAUUAUAUGUACAUCUGAAAAUUUAACAGCUUUGUUUGUCUAUGACAAGCUACAUUUAAUCUUUCACAUGUUUUUUGUAUAGAUUAUUUGAUCCCUA